AUGGGUCUAUCGGUGGCGGCUGCGGCACUACAGGAGCCCCGACGCCCGCACCAGUGGAGCCGGACAGUGGGAGAUUGGGUCUGGAUCACCGUCGUUUCGUUUUUAGCCACUUUACCUGUAGAGCAACUUUGCGCUUUCCCGUCAUCCCUCAGCGACUGUCAGACGCCUACCGGCUGGAACUGCUCUGGUUUUGAUGACCGGGACACAGAUCUCUUCUUGUGCGACACCAACACCUGCAAGUUUGACGGAGAGUGUCUGAGAAUUGGAGAGACAGUGACGUGCAUCUGCAACUUCAAGUGCAACAAUGACUACGUCCCAGUGUGUGGCUCCAACAAUGAGAACUACCAGAACGAGUGUUAUCUACGCAGGGACGCCUGCAAGCAGCAGUCUGAAGUGCUGGUGGUGUCAGAGGGCUCUUGUCCUGUCGAUGCCGGGUCAGGCUCGGGAGAUGACGCAGGAGGUGAGGGGUCGGCGGAGACUGGGCAGAAGGAGACGUCCACCUGUGACAUAUGCCAGUUUGGGGCGGAGUGCGAUGUGGACGCUGAGGAUGUAUGGUGUGUGUGUAACAUCGACUGCUCCCACAUCAGCUUCAACCCAGUUUGCGCCUCGGAUGGCCAUUCCUAUGACAACCCCUGCCAGGUGAAGGAGGAAUCGUGUCAGAAGCAGGAGCGGAUCGAGGUCAAAUACCUGGGCCACUGCCAAGGUGACAUCAUGACAGGGACCAAAGCCGGAGACGGACACUAUGCCAGGAAAGAUUACUCAGAAGAGAAGCCGGACCAGAGAGGAGAGGUGGCCAUAGGCUUGUACAUCCCCUGUCCUGAGCACUACAAGAACUACUGUGUCCACGGAGAGUGUGAAUAUCCCAACAUACUGUCUGUGCCGUCCUGCAGCUGUCACUCAGGCUUCAGCGGACCCCAGUGUGAAAAUAAGGAGUAUAAUGUGCUCUACGUGGUCCCCGGCUCUGGCAAGCUGCGCUACGUCCUCAUCGCCUCCAUCAUCGGAGCUCUGCAGGUGGCCAUCAUCUGUGUGGUGGUGCUCUGUAUUACCAGGAAGUGCCCGCGGAGCAACAGGGUCAAUCGGCAGAAGCAGAAUGCCACCCACUACAGCUCGGAGAACACCAUGCGCGCCUCCACCCGCCUCAUCUGACUGAGCCGCCCCGCGAUGGGGGAAACCCUGAGACCCGCUCCUCUCUGGGUCCAAGUUGCCCCGUAGACACAGAUCUAGGAUCAGCUUCACCCUUCUUGUACUUCCCUACAAUCCCAACCUGAAUGAACUAUAAAGGAUUGGGUAGUGGGAGGGGGACGAAACGCAAAACUGACCUUAGAUCAGCAUCUAGGGGCAACUUCAUCCUUCUGGAGA